UAAUCUAUUUCUGUUACAUCUCAGAGCGAUGUGAAAGCACUCAACAAAACACACAAUACACCCAUCUGCCAACCAACGAGAGACAACUGAGUGAGAGAGAGCGCUAAGUCUGUGUACGUGUGCAAUGUGUUCAAGCUUCGUUAAUGGCUUGAUGGGUGAGAUUCAGGGAGGAACUAUACCUCUCUGAGUUUCCUACCUCUUUCCUUUUUUUCUUUUGCUUUCGUUCUGUUUCUUGGUUGUCAAACAAAGUGCAAGAAAGUGAGAGAAAAUCUUGGAAAUGAGUUGUUAUCACCAACUUCUGUUCUGGGUUGACUCCCUUUGAUCAACAACUCGUGUAGUCUCUGUGCUGCUUUCUGCAACAAAUGGUUCGCCCCUUGCCCUUCAGUUGCUGUUGCAGAUCCAAUGAAGAUGUUAUAUGGGUUAAAGAGGCUUGCUUUACUCAAGGCAAAGACAAGUGCUGAUUGAAGAGGGAUCAUACAAUACAUGGCCAAGCUUUAUUUGAAUCAAGUUGUCAGAUAUGCUGCUGAUUGAUUGUUUCAGUUGGCAACUCAAAUGUGAUUAAUCUUGAUGUUUUCUGAUAUUUAGUUGAACUUGUUACGCAGGAUCCUUUGUCAGUGCAUCCACUGACUGAAACUUUGGCUUCAUUUUGGGGGCAAAUCUCCUUUGGCAAUAUAAAUUCAGUUCUUUAAAGUAACCAAAAUUUUCAGAUUUUGGCUGUACAAAUUUGCAACAUUUAGCUUUCUGGGGCAAAUCUUCUUUGGCAAAAUCAAUUUUAGAUUUCCUUUGGUUGGAUGACCUUCCUUGGCAGUGGCUAAUCGGGGAGAAACCAUUUUUCUUGGAAAUUUAUUUGUUCGGAACUUGAUCCUCACUGCAAGGCAAGUCUCCUUCGGCACCCAGAGUUUCAGUCUGACUGUAGAACAAUCCCAUCUUGCAGUUGUAGCUCUUUGAUACUUUUGCAGUUGGGAAGUCUCCUUUUGAAGUUUCAUCAAGUGAAACGUCUGUCCAUUCUGGGCAAAUCUCCUUUGGCAUUUGGAGUCCUUACUGGACUCCAGUUAAUCCCUGCAGGGGCAAAUCUCCUUUGGCAUUAGAUUUCCAAUUUUUCAGGUCACAUUAUCCUGUUUGAUAUAUCGGCUUAUCAAUUGGAAGAUCUUUCAUUUAAGUUCUCAGCAAAAGAUUAUACUUUUUUUUUUGGAAUCGACGUCAACUAGCAACCCUUAUUGCAAUACAAUUUAAGGACUUACUUGGCAUCACCAUUAAAAGAUUCAAUUCCCCUUCAAGAGGGUGCAAAGUUGAUGGUUAUGUGCUUUCUUUUAAAAAAUUGUUUUCGGGUGAAAAUCCUGCUCUAAUAUAGAGUAGAGAAGAGCAAAGUAUUUGAGCAAAUUCCAGAACAGAGAACAUCAAUCUGAUUUCAUCUGCAUUGGUGACAGAGGCAUUUCAACGAUGGAUGUGCUAGUUAGUGACUCUGAUUGGGAGAGUUUCAGUGAGAGUGGGAGUAGUGAUGGGCAAGAGGAAAUGGAUACUUUGUAUGGUGGGCAUGCUAGUAGCAUUUUGUCAAGCUUGGAGGAGAGCAUUGGGAAAAUUGAUGAAUUUCUGUCCUUCGACCGGGGAUUCAUACAUGGGGACAUUGUGUGCUCUGUAACAGAUCCAUCUGGACAGAUGGGCAGAGUGAUUAAUAUUGAUACCCUAGUGGAUCUAGAGAACAUGCACGGGAAAGUUAUGAAAGAAGUAUGUUCCAAAAAUAUCUUAAGGAUCCGCUCCAUUUCGGCUGGGGAUUAUGUGGUCCAAGGUGCAUGGCUGGGAAGGGUGGACAAAGUGAUUGACUCUGUUACUGUCGUCUUUGAUGAUGGGACAAAGUGUGAGGUCACUGCUGUGGAUCAAGAGAAGCUCUUACCUGUUUCCACCAACAAGUUUUUUGAAGAUUCACAGUUCCCAUACUAUCCCGGACAGAGAGUGCAGCUUAGGCUAUCCAAUGCUUCCAAAUCAGUUAGAUGGUUAUGUGGUACCUGGAAAGAAAAUCAUGUUGAGGGAACUGUUUCUAAAGCAGAUGCAGGUCUGGUUUAUGUGGAUUGGCUUGCCUCUGCUCUCACAGGUUGUGAUUUUAGUUUACCUUCUCCCUCACGUCUACAGGACUCAAAAAAUUUGACCUUGUUGUCAGGUUUCUCCCAUGCAAAUUGGCAGCUCGGUGACUGGUGUAUGCUUCCAGCUGCUGAUUGCAAGGGUAUUUUAGAGCCUUUUUCUGUCAGCUCUUCUGCUUGUCAUAAUAAGAAAUUUGAAAGAGGAUUGAAAAGAAGAAACCUUUGUUUUACUGUGGCAGAAAUUUUUGUUAUCAUCGGGACGAAGACCAAGGUUGAUGUGGUGUGGCAGGAUGGUAGCUAUUCUUUGGGAGUAGAGUCUGCAACGCUACUUCCUAUUAAUGUUGUGAAUGCUCAUGAAUUUUGGCCUGAACAGUUUGUACAGGAAAAGGGCAUUUGUGAUGAUCCACAUAUUUCUAAUAGUCACAGAUGGGGGGUGGUGCGGGGUGUGGAUGCUAAGGAAAAGACUGUAAAGGUACAAUGGAAAACUAAGGCCCUGAAUGAAGCAACUGACCCCAUUGGAGAUCAGAUGGAGGAAACUCUGAGUGCCUAUGAACUUUUAGAGCACCCAGAUUUUUCCUACUGUUAUGGGGACGUUGUGUUUAGGUUGGUCCAUAACCGGUUUACUAAUCAAGCUGAUAAAGACCAGAAAAGCACCGAAUUUGGCGUGGUUAAAGCUGAUGAAGACCAGAAAAGCACCGAAUUUGGCAUGGUUAAAGCUGAUGAAGACCAGAAAAGCACCGAAAUUGGCAUGGUUAAGGAGGCCACUAUGGAAGGCCAAAACUAUGGUUGGGAUAAGAAUGAUUGCCCCGAUAAAGGUUACCCAUCUUGCAUUGGCAUUGUUACAGGCUUCAAAGAUGGUUCUGUGGAGGUGAAAUGGGCUGCUGGUUUUACGACCAAGGUUGCACCUAAUGAGAUUUAUGGGAUGGACAAAUAUGAGGGUUCAGCUACAACUCCUGUGCUCCAUGCAGAAAAUGACGAGGAAUUGAAUCAAGAGAUACAUGACAAACAGAAAGGAAAGAAUUUGCCUAAUUUGAAUGGCGCUGGUGAAAAUUGCAACAAGUACCCAUGUGAAUUUAGUUCCUUUUUCCUUCCUCGAGCUGCCAUUGGAUUUUUCGCAAGCAUUACGACAAGUCUGUUUGGAUCCCGUGGUUCCACCCCUCUGUCAUGCCCAACAUUGUCUGGUCAUAUAUCUGGAGAUGCAAAUGAAUCUGAUCUUCUCCUUAAAAAAGAGAUAUCAACAACUUGUGAUAACUGCAGUGAGCCACAUUCGACUGAGUUGCAAACAUUUGGACAGAAAAAUUUAUGUGAGGAAGUUGAGGAUAAUCAAGAGAAAGAUGGUUUCAAACUUUCAACAGCUUGUCAGAACCCAUAUCAAUUUAGGCAGUUUGAUAUGGUUAGUGAUUGCUCAGAUCACCACUUUCUCGAUGCCAGCAAGGGUUUAGCACUACCUCAGGUGAAAAGAGCCUGGAUGAAAAAGGUUCAGCAAGAAUGGAGCAUUUUAGAAGCAAACCUUCCUGAGACAAUCUAUGUUCGCAUCUAUGAAGAGAGGAUGGAUCUCUUACGAGUGGCCAUCAUUGGUGCACCUGCUACUCCAUACCAUGAUGGCCUCUUCUUCUUUGAUAUAUUUCUUCCUCCAGAUUAUCCUCAUGAGCCACCUUUGGUGCAUUACCAUUCUGGCGGACUCCGUGUCAACCCUAACUUGUAUGAGUCUGGGAAGGUCUGCCUUAGUCUUCUCAAUACUUGGACAGGGACAGGCACUGAAGUAUGGAAUCCAGGAAGCUCCACUAUUCUUCAAGUUCUUCUCUCCCUUCAGGCUCUUGUACUCAAUGAGAAACCUUAUUUCAAUGAGGCUGGAUACGAUGAGCAGAUGGGAAGAGCUGAAGGAGAGAAAAACUCAGUGAGCUACAAUGAGAAUGCCUUCCUUGUCACUUGCAAGUCAAUGCUUUACCUCCUCCGCAAGCCACCCAAGCAUUUUGAGGUGUUCGUGGAAGAGCAUUUCAUUCGUCAGUCCAACCACAUUUUGUCAGCUUGUAAGGCAUAUAUGGAAGGAGCUCCAGUAGGAUGUGCUCUUGGAUGCAGAGACAGUGGAGAAAAUUCCGUGCAAUCUUCUAAGGGUUUCAAAAUCAUGCUUGCUAAGUUAUUCCCAAAGCUUGUGGAGGUGUUUUCAAGCAAGGGAAUCGACUGCAGCCAAUUCACUGAGCCAGAAAAUUGAAUAUCCAGCCGAUGUUCAAAUAAACACAAAUCAUCUUAUAUGAAGACGGUCCUACAUUGUGUAUAAUAUCAAGAUAUGCUUGGUAAAAAAUUCAAGCUUUUCUGGUUUUACAAUUGCCAGAUUGUAUCAUAAAAUUGUUUUGAAUAAGCUUGUCAAAAAUCACAAGCAGGUUGUGGUGAUUAUAAUGGAUUGCAGACUACAAAGAAAGUAUGUGAAGUCAUUCCUACAGUGUAAUAUGUAAAAUAUCAAUAUAUGCUUGGUGAUGAUUUUAAUGUUGUGUGUUUAUUUCUUUCA